AUGUUGAUCAAUGGUCAUUCAAGAAAAAAUAUGAAGAGGACCGCAAGAAGAAGAAAUAGUAAUAACAAAGUCAUAGAAGAAAAUUCUUGUUCUUCCAUUUUAUUGCUUCCCAGAGUGUUACUUACUGAAAUUGUUGCAAAGGUUGCUUCUUCUUCCUUUAAGGAUUUAAUCAAUGUCAAACUAAGUUGCAAGAUUUUUAAUAAAGUCGCAAAGAAACGAUAUGUAUAUCAGAAGGUAACGCUGGUAGACUUUCCGAUUGAACCUUCAUGGAAAAAGCAAACGCAAGAAAAGAUAAAUGGAGUUACUUCUUUCAUGGAGCAAUGUAGAAAAUGUGGAAAUACAGAAGCAUUAUACAGAAAAGGCGUGGUGGACUUUUUCAAAAACGAUAAGCCAGAAGUUGCAAUGGAAUUUCUGAAGCAAGCAGCAAACGGAGACCACUUUGGAGCAUUGUAUGUGAUUGGCAUAAUAGGAGUCUUUUUGGGGGAUGAAUAUAAGCAAAAAGGGGUAAAGUUGAUUGGCAUCAUGAAAGAAACAGAGGCACUUAGAAAAAUAACAAGGCAAUGUCGAAAAAGUUUAGUAGAGAUCUUGAAAAUUAUUUGGGUGAAGAAUCCUUUGAUUUUGGGAAAAAGACCCUCUCGUUGCACUAUUCAACAUGAAGAAAACAUUCGCAGGAAUGGCUGGCUUGACAGUGACGAUGAACAUGUCCACAUUCAUUGUGAUGCUUGUAGUUGUGAUGUAGAAAUCGCUUAUAUCAUUGAUGUUUUGCCUACAUAUUAG